CAAUUGUCACUCCAUUUGUUGGUAAGUCAUGAAGAUUUCAGUGCGAGUUCGGGGCGAAUGGUUUGCCGUUCCCUGCGUUCAAACGGACAGUCAGACUAUCCGUUGGUUGAGUGAAGAGGCACUCAAGAGGUAUUUGAAACUAAAGCCGUCCAGUCAUGUGCCCAAUGUUUCGCCUCUGGAAACUGUAUAUGAAAUCCGUAAGACAAAAGGUGGUGCUAUACUAGAUCCAGAUGACCUCAUCACUAAUGUUCUGGAUGACAAUGACUUUGUAUCCGUUGUACUGCACAGCGAUAAGGCCAGUCCUAUCACAGGACCAGUUGAAAUACACUAUAUUCCGGAACAGGUUUCUGGAAAGUAUAAACCCCCGGAUCAGUAUUUAUCACUCGAUGGCAAUAGUUUAGGGGCCGAUGACUUGAUUAGACUGGGGAAUGGACUCUUCAGAAUCAGGUUGACGAGUGAGGCCGAGGAGAAGGUUAGAAAGGGAAGGGAGUUAUUGGAGGAGAUUCUGGACGAGAAUAAAGUGGUCUAUGGGGUGAACACUGGGUUUGGAAAGUUUGCCACAACUAUCAUAAGCCGAGAAGAUUUGAGAGACCUUCAGCUCAAUUUGAUUCGAAGCCAUUCCGCUGGAGUGGGAAAACCACUUUCACCCAAACGCACGCGAAUGCUGUUAGCGCUCAGAAUCAAUGUCUUAGCGAAAGGCUAUUCGGGUAUCUCUUUGGAGACAUUACUCCAAUUGAUUGAUGCCUUCAACGCCUCGUGUCUAUCAUGGGUUCCCGAGAAGGGAACGGUUGGAGCAUCGGGUGAUUUGGCACCACUUUCACACUUAGCUCUGGGAAUGAUAGGUGAGGGCAAGAUGUGGUCCCCUGAGAGCGGUUGGGGUGAAGCCAAGUAUGUCCUCGAAUCACAUCAUCUCAAACCUCUUCAGUUAAAACCAAAGGAGGCUUUGGCUCUAAUAAACGGCACGCAAUUGAUUACAUCGUUGGGCGCCGACGCCAUUGAGAAGGCGGCAGCCAUUGCACGUCAGGCCGAUAUCGUGGCCGCUAUGACACUGGAGGUGCUUAAGGGAACGACCCGAGCGUUUGACCCCGAAAUUCAUAAGAUAAGACCCCAUAGGGGACAGAAUCUGGUGGCCCGCAGAAUACGGUCUGUCCUCAACUCAGAGUUAUAUCCGUCAGAAAUAGCAGAAUCGCACCGAUUCUGUAACCGUGUUCAGGACGCCUAUACCAUCAGGUGUUGCCCUCAGGUUCACGGCAUAGUCCACGACACCAUUGAUUUUGUCAAAGGAAUCAUUAAUACGGAGAUGAAUUCGGCGACCGAUAAUCCAUUGGUGUUCACAGAUAUGGCUGAAAUCAUAUCCGGCGGUAAUUUUCACGGCGAAUACCCGGCAAAAGCGUUGGACUAUUUGGCGAUUGGUGUCCACGAGUUGGGAUCAAUGAGUGAGAGACGAGUGGAAAGACUGGUAAAUCCCGCGCAGAGCGGACUGCCGGCCUUUUUGGUUAAUAACGGUGGUCUCAACUCAGGCUUUAUGAUCGCUCACUGCACCGCUGCUGCUCUCGUAUCUGAGAAUAAGGUGUUAUGCCAUCCGGCCUCAGUGGACUCACUGUCCACAUCAGCCGGAACUGAAGAUCACGUAUCGAUGGGAGGCUUCGCCGCCCGAAAGGUCUUACAAGUAAUAGAAAACGUGGAGAAAAUCAUAGCCAUUGAGUUGUUGGCCGCCUGUCAGGCCAUCGAAUUCCUCAGACCAUUGCGGACCACAUCUCCUUUGGAAUCCAUCUACGAUUUGGUCCGGACUUGCGUUAAACCUUGGGAUAAGGAUCGCAUUAUGUAUCCAGAUAUCGAUGCCGUCACAGAUCUGUUGGUCGAAGAAAAGGUCUGGAAUACUGUUAAGCCAUUUAUUUUGCAAUACUUCGCCGACAAGAGGGCUGCUACCCGUCCCUCAUCGCCGACCACUACUGUCCUUCGCAAGAGAUCCCGGACUGAAGUCAACAACAAUGUUGACAUCGAGUGAAGGAUUCGUUGAUUUUGAAUAUAAUAUUAAUAAAUAAUAUUUUCGAUUAUUUUCGGAUUUUAAAAUCAUAUGAUAUACAGAGUAUUAUUCGAGAUUUUAUGACUUUUCUCGCAAUUUUAAUACUUAUUUACGUAAUUUUGAUCAUAAAAUCCUUGAAUUGCAGCCAAUUUGAUGGAAACGC